GGGAAAGUGGAGCUGGAAAAUCAACAAGCAUUAAUGCUAUUGCAAAUUAUAUGAAGUACACUAGCAUUGAUGAAGCAGCUAGACAGAAUUUUAUUGAUCUUAUUCCAAGCAAGUUUACCCUUGGAGAUGAUUCUGACAAUAUGAUUACUAUUAGUUCAGGCGGAAUUGACGCUAAAGCAAUUGACAAUGAACGAAUGGAAAGUGGAAAAUCAAGCACUAAAGAACCGAAAUCGUAUCUUUUUAAACAAAACAACACCACAGUUCGUUUUAUUGACACACCAGAAGAAACAAUUUCACUUAAUAAUAGUCGAAAGUUUAUUUAUCAAAUGGCUGAACCAAUGGUGGAUUUAAGUCUUAAUCUUGAAAUCAACAUAAAACACAUUCAAAAUCAAGAAAACGAGUUACUUGAUGUUAAUAAAGACAAACUUGAGUUGGCGCGCAGUUUAAAUAUACUCAUUGAUGAUUUAAUCAUGGAUAAAUUACCCUAUCCUACAACCGUUUGCACAGCCAACAAAUGCACAACUAUAAUUGUCAAAGAAAAUGGAAAUCAAGUUACGCACUACGGAACUAGGUGUCAUGAGAACUGCCAGUUAACAGGAGUGGCAAAUAAUGUAACAGGUGAUCGUAUAUUAGAAAACUGCUGGGCAAUGGCUGGUACUGGAAAAUGCGCUAAAAAUCGAACCACCUUUUAUAAGCCUGGAGAUGGUUUGCAAAUCAUGAACAAUCUGUUAAAAGAAGAGUUUCCUAAUGCUCAGUUGGCUUUGAAAUCAAAAGUUAAUUGUUUUUUCAUUGACAAUGAAGCUUACCGCUACCUAGUUGCCAAAAAAGAAGGUUAUCCAUUUAAAAAUUAUCAACUAAAAACAUUUACCGAAGCUUGGAACAUAUCGUCAGCUCAAACUAAUGAUAUGUUGCAGCGCAUUAUUGAGACAACACCGCACAAUUUGAAAACUACUUUUUGGUUAAACAUGGCACAAAAUUUUAUUAUUAAACUUGCCGAUCCAAUUGUGCAGUUGCAACGAACUAUUUUUGCUAAUAUUAACACAAUUAAACACCAAAAAGAAUGUAUCGAAAGUGGAAAUUCAACAAUUGAUUUUUUAAUUAAAACAAUUAAUAUGAAAGUGAUUGAACAAGAAUUUGUUAAUUUGGAAAAACCUAUGACAGUUUGCGCUUCAAAAAACUGUCCUAAAAGUAAAAAUUUAGAACGAAAACAAAAAGUUAAGAAUUUCACUUUGUGUUGCAAAGACUGUCAUGUACAGUAUGUUAAUGAAAAAGAAAAAGGAGCAAAACUACUAAAAGAUUGCAUUAUUUUUAAAAAUAAUGAUAAUAAAUUUUUGAAAAACUGCAAUAAGUGUGGUUGUAGUUUUAAAGAGCACAUGCAGCUUCACCGAGUGCAAAUGGCAGUAGAAAAAGAAGUCGUGAAUCCGGCAAAGCUCAAAGAACUUAAUGAAUUGUUAAAAUCUAAAGAAAAAGACGACAAUCUUUCACAAAGGAUUAUUGAUGUGCUUCAAGCUAAUAUCAAAGAACGAGAAGAAGAGAUGCAAACAAUUCAAUGGGUGGCCUCUCAAUUUGGUUAUUUGCUGAACAAACAUUCUAAUUCGUCUGUAACUCAGUUUAUUGAGCCUUACCUUAAAUUUGUCAUUGAGGAAGAGCAAGUAAAAAUGCAAUCAAUUGAAAAUUACCCAGAUGAUGUUUUUAAAAUGCUAAAAAAUGUAGAAAAUGUUCAGCGUGAAUACUCAGAGUAUAUUGAAAAUUUGCCCGAAGAAAAUAAACAGUUUCUGCAACUAGAAAACAUUGAAACAAUUGCUGACACUUUACGUCAUUUGAAGUUUUCUGGACAUCAAUUUGGAAUGCUAAUAGAUAAAAUUUUAAUUACUAAUGAGCAAGAAGUUUUGAAAAACCAUUUUGAAAGAGUUGGUGUAGACAUGUCGUAA